AUGUCUCCUAGAUCUGAUAACGCCGUCGUCAUCAUCGGCUCAGGCCCCGGCAUUGGCACAAACACGGCAGCCGUCUUCGCAGCCAACAAGUUCAACAAAGUCGCCCUCGUCGCCCGGAAUCCCACCCAACUGGACAAGGACGCAGAAUCCGUCAAAAGCGCUGCCAACGACAACAUCACCGUAAAGACAUACUCAACCGACGUAGUCGACCCAGGCCGAUUCACUUCAACCCUCAAGCAAAUCAGCCAAGACCUCGGCACCAUCGAAGUCGUCCUCUACAACGCCGCCAUCGUCUCCAAGUCGCACCACCUGCAAGUCACCGACGACGAGCUCAUCCGCGACUUCAAGCUUUCCACCAUUGCGCUCAACAAUCUCUCCAAAUGGGCCAUGCCACAGCUCGUCGCCCUGGCGGAGAAGGAUGCAUCGGCGCAGCCUACACUUAUCGUGACGAGCUCGCACUUGCCAGAGGCGCCCGAGACGGAUCUCGUGUCGCUGUCCGUGUCGAAGGCUGCGCAGAAGAACUUUGCGAGGUCGCUGAGGAUGGAGUUUGAGCCCAAGGGGGUGCAUGUUGCGCUGUUGAGCGUGGCGGGAUAUGUGUUUGAUCAUUUGCAGUUUUUGAAUGCGAAGUAUAUUGCGAGGCAGGCUUGGGAGCUGUAUGCGCAGCCGAGGGGGAGCUGGACUGAGGAAGUUCGGAUUGAGGAGCCAUGA